UCCGUGGGCCGCCUCGACCCGCACUCGUACCGCCCGAACGAGUUCUUCGCGAACAACUGGGUCUACGAGGGCCUCGUGGCCUACGGCGCCAACGGCAACAUCGAGGCCAGCCUGGCCACGGCCUGGACGUCCGAGGAGACGUCGUCCGGCGGCGAGACGUGGCGCUUCACGCUCCGCGAGGGCGUCACGUUCCACGACGGCGCGGCCUUCGACUGCUCCGUCGUCAAGCUCAACUUC